AUGCCGUUCUUUGACGAUGUCUUGAUGGCCGUGGUGUCCCCUGACAACUUCGCCACCUGCCUCCGCUGCCACUCUGCUGAGUCAGUGGGAGACAGGAGGUCUCCUGCCAAAAUGGAAGUUCUGGCCUCCCUAAAUUUAGAAGAUAUGUACUUGACAGUGCUGGGCCACGUCCUCCCUGACGGUCGCGAGGUUCCCGUGGCCUAUUACUCCAGAACCUUAAUGGCCGCGGAGUGCAACUAUGCGCAAAUCGACAGGGAGGGGUUGGCGAUCGUUGCUGGGGUCAAGAAGUUUCACAACUUCAUUUAUGGGUGCCCUUUCACAAUUGCUACGGACCAUAAGCCCCUCUUAGGCCUCUUAGCUGCCGACAAGCAAACACCCCAACUCCUGGAAUGGGAGUCGGCAGAGCUGCAGCAGCCCUCCGGCGGUGUGCCAGCUUAUUCGGCCGUGAUGGCGAAGCCCUCUAGUACAGGUCGGCUACUCAGGAUCGGGGCCGUGGCACUCAUCGGCGGAGCCCUCCUGCUCCUCUUCGGGGCCAUCGGAGCCUUUUACUACUGGAAGGCGAAUGACAAAGAGCUCUACAACAUCCACUACACAAUGAGUAUUAAUGGGAAAGUACAAGAGGCAUCAAUGGAAAUCGAUGCUGGAAACAAUCUGGAGAUCUUUAAAACUGGAAGUGGAAGUGAAGAGGCAACUGAAGUUCACGAUUUUCAGAUCGGCAUAACCGGGAUCCGUUUUGCUGGCGGAGAGAAAUGCUACAUUAAAGCUCAAGCUAAAACCCGGGUCCCUGAAGUGAACGCAAUGACCAAGGAGAGCCUCUCCUUUGACCUGGAAGACGAGAUCCUGCCAGCGAAAUUCGAUGAGAACUCGCUCGUCUGGGUGGCUGCAGAGCAGCCGAUUAAGAACAUCCAUUUCCUGAGUCCCAGGAUUUUAGAGCUUUGCGGAGACCUUCAGAUAUUCUGGCUGCGGCCGUCCUAUCCCAAAGUUGAACAGAGAAGAAAGAGAGGAGCCACCAGGAGAAGACGCCAGACUGAAUCGAAUUUUGAUCUGGACCAAUUUGAAGCAGCCGCCAAGGAAGCCAACAGCCGGCCCCGUGGCCAGCAAAGAGCUCGGGAGCCAGAACGUCUGUCCAACGAUACCAGACCUUCUGGGAGAGACGUCAGGCCAACCUUCAACCCAGACAACCCUUACCACCAGCUAGAAGGUGAAGGGAUGACCUUUGACCCACGGCUAGACCACGAAGGAGUCUGCUGUAUCGAGUGCAGGCGGAGCUACACCCAUUGCCAGCGGAUCUGCGAACCUCUCCUGGGCUACUACCCCUGGCCUUACAAUUACCAAGGGUGCCGCUCCGCAUGCCGCCUUAUCAUGCCCUGCAGCUGGUGGGUUGCCCGCAUCUUGGGGGUUGUAUGAAGUAGCCCUGUGACGGGAGGGAGCACCUGAGACCACAGCCAAAGAAUCACUACGCAGCUCCCCCCUCCCCCGUAUGUUUCAGAAACUGAACGUCAGCCCUUGUAGAUGUAAAUCAAUUAAAACCCUCAAGGGUUUCCGUAGUUUUACAAAAACAAGCGUGCAGCUUAGAAAUUUACCUUUUAGCAAACCAUCCCCUCUUCAACCCUGCUGGAAAAAGAAAAAGAAAAAAAGAAUGUCUUAAGUCUCAAACAGAAUUACCCUUUUUGUUUAUGAAUUAAGUCUCACCACAUAAAAGCUUGCUUAGAAAUUGACGUCCAGCCUCUCUUUAGAAAACCUUCUGUUUUGACACAGUUGUGG